AUGGACAAGACCACUGCAGCACUGAGCGCCGCCAAUUGGCGGAGACCGAAGUUUCUCCACGACCAACAUAUCCACCAGAUCAAGAUGCCUAGGAAGCGAAAGUCAUCAACCUCUUCCAUCGACUUCGAUAUGACCAACCCAGCUACUCACUGGCGAAGGUCUGUUACCGGCGCCGAUCCUUUGCAGAUCGCAACCGACCCAAUAUUUGGGGACAACAAACAUACCCUGGAGGAUCUUGACGGCAAGUCCGUGGUUAUGACCAGAUGUGCUAUGGAUCACACACCCCUCGUUCUGGAGGUGUUCAUCCACGAAUGCAAUGAUCCCAGGUGCAAGGAGCACAACGGCCUAUUCAACAAUGCUGAAAUCCGCAGCAUUAGAAAUGCAACCCGCUUCAGAUCACAGACGCGUGAUGGCGAAAUUGCUGAGUUUGGCAAACACCUGAAAGGUGUCAAAGUCACCCCUCGUAAGUCCUCCAUGAUGGACCUAACAAUGCCUUGCAAGCUUGGGAAAAGCGGCAUCUUCAAUGGCAAUGGCCACUCCGAGGAACCACGGGAACAAGCGAAGCGAAACGAAGCUGGAGUUAUAUACGACCCAGCUGUUACCGGCAUGGUUGACCGGGGUCUGAAGCCGGCGGGCGAAGAUUCUAUUUCUGGUCAAGCUGAUCGAUUCCAAGGCCUUCUUCGAAAACUUCAACGCUCUUCACACAAUGGUCAGUCGUCUUCAAUGGCCAAAAAACCUGGCGAGAAUCGUCCAAGGCAGGGUUCUGGUGAUUCUGGUGACUCUAGUGUCGACGUCAGAAGCUCAGUGAAGACUCGGUCUCUUAACCCUAUGGCAAAGGAGUUCUCAGUGUUUGCCCCCAAGCAAGAUCCCAUAGUGGAAAAGUCCGAGGAGACGUCUAUCAACAUUCCACUCUCGAUGCUCAGGAAGAUCCUAGGCAGCAGUGACCCUUCCAAUUUCAUCGAGGCCCCUCAGCAGAAACUGGAAGAAAUCGUGGCCAACACUAUCCAGCGAUUUGGCAUUCCAGAAGCGCACCAGCAACACAUCGCACCGCCCACGGCAUUUUCGCCUCUGGUGAUAACGGUUUACUUCACCAUGUAUCAGCCCAACUUUCGGAUUCAAGAACGACUUGACGAUGCCUCCGGCUGGCAUGUUUCCACAUAUGCCGGCUGCACCACCGAAUCCGUCUGCUGCGGGCUUUAA